CUCGUGCUCCUCAGUUGGAAAAAAGAAUUGAAAUCAUACUUAAAUAAUUUGUGCGAAGUGAAUUGUUCCGUGUUUCGCAUACGUAUACUUUUCUAUAUUAAACUGAAAGUGUGUUAAAGUGAGAAAUACUAAAUUAAAAUGGCAAUUGUACCACUGCUGGUGAGCUUGGCUCGUGAACUAGACAACGAGUGCAGAGAUUUCGAACACUAUAGUGAUGAUGAUUUCGGCUUUGGCUUGCAUCCAAUGGACAUUUUUCGGCCGGUUCGUCACAGUCAUUCGUUAUUGUUGCAGCCACGGCGUCGGCAUGCACCGUAUGAUCGUUCACUGGUUCAGGCACGGCGAACAUCUCGUUUAGGCAAGGACGCUGGAGACGGUUCGUCAUUAAUGCCCACAGUUGGCAAAGAUGGCUUCCAAGUGUGCAUGGAUGUGUCGCAGUUUAAGCCAAACGAAUUAACCGUCAAAACUGUGGACAAGACAGUUGUUGUAGAAGGUAAACAUGAAGAACGAGAAGAUGAUCACGGUAUGAUUCAACGUCACUUCAUUCGCAAAUACACACUGCCGAAAAACUAUGACCCAAAAGACGUUGUCUCUACAAUUUCAUCUGAUGGUGUAUUGACAGUGAAAGCACCACCGCCACCAAGCAAGGCUGUUAAAGCAAAUGAACGAAUAGUCCAAAUACAACAAACGGGGCCGGCUCAUUUGAGCGUUAAAGCGCCAGAGGAAGCUGCCAGCGACGGCAAAGCAGACGAGAAUGGCGAUAAGAAAUCUGGAAAAUAAGUUCGAUCUUCACGUAAAUGGAGAUGUGUCGUAAUAUAGUAAGAACGAAAUGUACUCGCCAACCACUCAUCGUCAUUCCAUUUGACCACAGUCACCAUUUCCAUCAGUGCAGUAACUAGAUUUUAGUAUUUCAUUUUUAAAAUAAAGAAAAGCAUUGUAUUAUCGCUAUUAUUACUAAGUACGUACUCUCGUGGUGACUACUGUGUAGUAUAAAAUCAACUCGCCUGUAUCUAAAAAUUUGUUUAACAAAUAAAUCUAAGUUCUUCAUAUUCUUAUAAAAAACA